AUGAUAGUCGCGUAUCGUAUAUGUGCGCUAAUAAUAAUAAUAUCAGUGUUUGGGAAAGCUAAGGAAGUGUUUGUGAGACAUGAGGUCGAGAUAGACUACUCCGAGCUGGCCGACGAGGCGGAAAUCAAUAAACAUAAUAUUCUAGAGUUUCUAAAUAAAACGAGAGUCCAGGAAAAGUAUAAAAGGCUAUUCGGCACGUUAUUAAAUAAAUUAACGACGUACACAAAAACCACACGUCGAGGUUCAACGCGCCGCAUAGUCUUCGGAGUGAACACAUCCAUAGCGGCUGUACCUUGGCAAGUUUCGCUGAGAGAGAAGACGUACCCAAUAUGCGGUGGUUCUAUUAUAACUGCCCUGUGGUUGUUAACAGCAGCGCACUGUCUCUUGCGAUCGCGACCGAAUGAUCUGAGUGUACGACUCGGCUCUUCUUGGAAAACCCACGGGGGAGAGAUGUAUGACAUAAAGGAGUCAUAUGUACAUCCAAAAUACAUUAGGAACACAAAAGUAAACGACGUGGGUCUAAUCAAACUAUACUCUCCUCUGCGUUUCUCGGCGAGAGUGCUUCCUAUCCGGAUGGUGGAAAAAGGAGCCAGGAUGCUAGCAGAUCAAGCCGCCAUCGUAUCCGGGUGGGGAAAAUUAAGAGAAAGUGGUCCGAGUGCCACAUUUUUACAAUCAUCGACGAUUAAGACGAUCGCGAUGAAGCUUUGCCGCCACUCUGGUUUGGAUAGAAAUCCUAUCGAUCCAGCCUCUAUGUUCUGUGCCGGGUCUUUCAGUCAACCAGCACCAGAUGCUUGCCAAGGUGACAGCGGUGGACCUUUGGUGAGCGAGGGCGUCUUGAUCGGAGUAGUGUCAUGGGGUCUGGGCUGCGCACGAGGGAACUUCCCUGGUGUUUAUACUCGGCUCACCAAUCCUGUCAUCUGGGACUGGGUGUAUGGACUCAUCUCUAGAACAUCAAGGACUAAUAAUACUCUUUAAUAGAGUUAAAUCUUAUUCUGUUUUGAAUUUACUGUAGCAUUAAAACUAUAGUAUAGAAGAGCCAAUCCAGGGUGUAAAAUGGACUUAUACUUAACAAAAACUACAUUGUCAUCGAAACUGAACCAACAUGUAAAGUCCGUAAGAUAAAAUGAAGUGGUUCUAAUUUAGCUUGCAAGAUUGACCCAAACUCUUACUUGGUAGGGCUUUGUGAUAGUCCUUCUAAGUAGGUACCACCAAAGUAUAUUCUGCCGCCGAACAGAAAUUCGUAUUGCGUUCAGCAGUGUGAUUCUGUAAGAUUUCACAUCGUAUCACACUCGUGAAAUGUUGAUAA